UUGUUUGUGCUUUUUUUUUUUGUUUUUGUGUGCGGUGUCUGUGCUGGUUUAUUUGCAUUUUGAAAUUGUUAAUGAACUCAAUUAUAUAUUUGGGCGCUCAAGAGUGUGGUUUUGUGUGUAAAAAAAGUUCGCAUUGCAAUUAAGUUUGGCAAGCGGCAUCUUGAUUUUAUAAAUCUGAGAGUAUCCAUCCAUCCCCAAGUCAUGAUGAUGAAGUGUUCCAAGAGCCGCGUCCUAUUGCUGCUGGCCCUUCUAUCGGCCUCGUUGACGCUAUCGCUAGGCGCCCCAGCCCCCCAGCAGGUCAAUGUGGAGCUGGAGUCUGCCCUGCAGGACAGCAGUGAGCCGGAUCUGAAUCCCAUCAAUGCCGAGGAGGUGUUAGUUGGCCAAGAGCGCAACAAAAGAAAACUGCCCGAUGCCACGUUCGAGGCCAAGAACGCCGUGCUCGGCUUCGUCUUUGGCAAAAUCGACAACUUCCUGGACACCAAGACGCGGGUAAUCGAGCAGCUGGACCGCGCCAACAUCGAGAAGAACAAGCAGUGGGACAUCAAGUCGCCGGUGCCCAUCAAGGACUUCCAGACUUUGAUCACUGCCGUCGUCUCGCCAAAGAUCCGUUCGCUGGGCAACAUUGCCAACGAUCUCACCACCGGCGUGCUCACCACCAUCACUGCUUUUAGUGGCUCCUCCUCCGGAAAUGGCAAUCCCAACGCUGGACUGGGCAAUGUGGUGUCCAAGUUCCUUGGCUUCUCGGGACCGAUCCUGCAGGGCUCCUCGGGCGGAACCGGCGGCCUGGCCGGCGUCACGACACCCGCUCCCGACUCGGAUGAGGCGGGCUAUUAGGGGCUACUAUUAACUAUAGGCUACCAGGGAUGCUGUGCAGGGAUGCAGGGAUCCAAGCGAGACAAGCGAAGGCCAACAACACACAAAUGAGAGCUACUUCCGGCUGGAGCCUGUAAUUUAUCGUUGACCUCCUCCUCCUCCUACUCCUCUUCCAUCUAUCCAUCCAUCGGAGUCCUUGUUGAGCUCCCCCAAAAACCCUCGAUCCCAAACCUUUUUUUGUUACACCCUAGUUAAGUAUCAUGUUUGUAAAUAUUCGGCAUAUAUAGAAAUAUAAAUAUACAAGA